AUGAAUGAAAGAGAUAUCCUCAUUGAUGGAAAUGCUCCAUCUCAUAAUCCCUUAAUCCAUAAAAUUGCCAAGAACACUGAAUACACAGUUAAAAAAGCAAUGAUAAGUGCAAAUGCAGUAGUUGAAGGAGGUAUUAAGAAUCCUUCUCUGCCUGAUGAAAUUCUCACAAUUCAGGAAAAUCAAAUGAGAUUUUUAAUAAUGUUAGCAACUCUCUAGUUUUUUACUUUAUUAGUUAUAGGAAUAUUUUUGGUCAUAGAAUUAUUUACUAUUUAUGAAGAAAUAUCGAUUAUCGUUUUAUUAGUACUAUUGGUUAUUUAUGUAAUAACUUUGGUUGUUGGAUAAUUCGAAUAAGAUAUCACAUAAUCAUUUCCUAAAAAUAUUAUAUUGUUUAUCAUCAACUCAUUAUCUAGAAUAUUUUGGAUAGCCUAUUUAGUAGUGCUAAUUGAUUUCAUAAGAUUUGAAUUGAUUUAAUUAUUAAUAUUCGUUAAUUUACUUUUGAUGAUAAUCUUUUUUCAAGUUGAUAGGAAAUCAAACACCAAAAACUGCUUUCUAAUAAAAAAUUAAUUAUUAAGAAUCAGUAUAAUAAUUAUUCUAGAAUUUGGAGGAGUAUAUUCAGUCUUAUUGUUUGAUAAUUUUGAAACUGCAACUCUUUGGUUUGUGAUCAUCAUUAUCAUUUAUUUUUGGAUGCUUUUGGAAAUUUAAUUAAUUGAAUUUCGAAAAAAAUUAUAUAAAAAUGAUAAUAUUUGGUAUUUUGCAGCUAUCAUUUUUGAUGGAGAUCUCAUUUUCCCUUGUUACUUUGUAAAUAAGUAAUUGCUAAACGAAGAGUUUGAUAGUAUUUUAAUAUGA